AUGGAAGAGGAGCUGAAGUGCCCGGUGUGCGGCUCGCUGUUCCGAGAGCCCAUCAUCCUGCCCUGCUCGCACAAUGUCUGCCUGCCCUGCGCCCGCACCAUUGCCGUGCAGACCCCGGAGAGCGAGCAGCACCUGCCGCCCCUGCUCCACCCGCGGGGCGCCGGGCCGCCCGCCGCCGCGCCGGGAGCGGGGCCGGGAGCGGGGCCCGGAGCGGCCGCGGGCUCCGCCGCCUGCCUGGACUCGGAGAGCGCGGCGGGCGGCGGCGGCGGCGGGGACCACGCGGACAAGCUGAGCCUGCACAGCGAGACCGACAGCGGCUACGGCUCCUACACCCCCAGCCUCAAGUCCCCCAACGGCGUGCGGGUGCUGCCGCUGGUGCCCGCGCCCCCGGGGGCGGCGGCGGCUCCGCGGGGCGCCGGCCCCGCCAGCUCCUCGCUCACCUGCCCGCAGUGCCACCGGAGCGCGUCCCUGGACCAGCGCGGGCUGCGCGGCUUCCAGCGCAACCGGCUGCUGGAGGCCAUCGUGCAGCGCUACCAGCAGGGCCGCGCCGCCGCCGCCGCCGCCGCCAAGUGCCAGCUGUGCGACCGCAGCCCGCCCGAGCCCGCCGCCGUGCUGUGCGAGCAGUGCGAGGUGCUGUACUGCGCCGCAUGCCAGCUCCGCUGCCACCCGGCCCGCGGGCCCUUCGCCAAGCACCGCCUGGCCCCGCCGCCCGCUCACCCGGGCGCCCCCGGCGGCGGCGCGGACGGCGCGAAGGGGGCGGGCGGCGGCCGCAAGCUGCCGACGUGCGCCGAGCACGACCUGGAGAACUACAGCAUGUACUGCGUGAGCUGCCGCAGCCCCGUCUGCUACCAGUGCUUGGAGGAGGGCAGGCACAGCAAGCACGACGUGAAGGCCCUGGGAGCCAUGUGGAAGCAGCACAAGGCACAGCUGUCUCAGGCUUUAAAUGGUGUUUCAGAUAAAGCAAAGGAAGCUAAAGAAUUUUUGGUUCAGCUGAAAAAUUUAUUGCAGCAGAUCCAGGAGAAUGGGCUGGAUUAUGAAGCCUGCCUUGUGGCUCAGUGUGAUGCCUUGGUUGAUGCUCUAACACGGCAAAAGGCAAAACUGCUCACCAAGGUCACCAAGGAACGGGAGCACAAGCUGAAGGUUGUUUGGGACCAGAUAAAUCACUGUACACUGAAGCUACGCCAGUCAACUGGGCUUAUGGAAUAUUGCCUAGAAGUUAUCAAAGAAAAUGAUCCCUCUGGGUUUUUACAGAUUUCGGAUGCUUUAAUCAAGCGUGUUCAGGUAUCUCAGGAACAGUGGGUCAAAGGAGCCUUGGAGCCCAAAGUAUCUGCUGAGUUUGACUUGACUCUGGAUAGUGAACCUUUACUGCAGUCAAUUCACCAGCUGGAUUUUAUUCAGAUGAAAUGUAGGGUGCCACCUGUCCCAUUACUGCAGCUGGAGAAGUGUUGCACCAGGAACAACAGUGUGACACUGGCCUGGAGGAUGCCACCUUUGAGCCACAACCCAGUGGAGGGCUAUAUCUUGGAACUUGAUGAUGGAGAUGGUGGCCAAUUCCGAGAGGUAUAUGUUGGCAAGGAGACUCUCUGCACCAUCGAUGGCCUUCAUUUCAACAGCACUUACAAUGCCAGAGUCAAAGCUUUCAACUCCUCGGGCGUCGGUCCUUACAGCAAGACAGUGAUUUUGCAGACGUCGGAUGUGGCGUGGUUCACCUUUGACCCCUCCUCAGCUCACAGAGACAUAGUGCUGUCCAAUGACAACCAGACUGCCACCUGCAACAGCUACGACGACCGGGUGGUUCUGGGCACCGCAGCCUUCUCCAAGGGCGUGCAUUACUGGGAGCUGCACGUGGACCGCUACGACAACCACCCGGACCCCGCCUUCGGCAUCGCCAGGAUCAACGUGGUCAAGGACAUGAUGCUGGGCAAGGACGACAAGGCCUGGGCCAUGUACGUGGACAACAACCGCAGCUGGUUCAUGCACUGCAACUCCCACACCAACCGGACCGAAGGAGGAGUUUCCAAAGGUGCCACCGUGGGUGUUCUCCUGGAUCUGAACAAGCACAACCUGACCUUUUACAUCAAUGGGCAGCAGCAGGGGCCUCCAGCCUUUGAGAACAUCGAGGGUGUGUUCAUGCCUGCCUUGAGCCUCAAUCGAAACGUCCAGGUGACCCUGCACACAGGACUGGAGGUGCCACAAUCUGUAAAACAACCCAAGUUGCCCAACAACUAG